UUCAUAAUUUUUUUUUCCUCAACAAUUCUGAAAUUUGUGAAAAUAUAAAUAUAAAAUAAUUCAAAACCCUAAACCCUGAAUCAGCGCAAGCAAAGCGUGGUUGGAACAGUUACAGAGCAUGUGUACCAUUGAACCCGAGCUGGUCGCCAUUCGCGGCUACGAGCUACGCCUCAUUCGCUGCACCCUCAGUCCGUCGCAGCCGUUGAAUCCCCGCCGCGAACACGAACCGUUGGAUGGCCGCAUCAACGACCUCUUGAACUCCAUCGAGAGCGGCAACUACGUCCAAGCGCUAACCUCCGAACACUCCUCCGCCCUCGUCUUCCAACUCGCUGGCCAUGACUCGCCGCCGCUCGACGCCGCCGACCGCCUCUACUCCGAGUUGGUCGACCGCGCCGAGUCCUUCGUCAGAGACGCCGCCUCCGACGCGGCGGAACAGCGUCGCAGAGCUGUGGUCGUCUUGUGCGUCGCCGUCGCCGCAUUUCUAGGGUUCACUCAAUCUAACUUCACCGGGCCUUUGAAAGGUGCAGAGCUACCGGGGUGUCCUCUGUGUUUGGAUGGAAGCGAUGAAUGGGACAAUUGGGCGCGAAAUCAGGUUAUGUCCGCUGGUUCUGAUUUGCUUGGAAAGUUCUCGAAUCUUCAGUAUGUAGUUUUUGCAAAGAUGUUGCUUAUGCGGAUGAAGGAUUUGUCGGUUGAGAUUGGAAGCCUUUCGUGGUGGCUUGCGAGGGUUUUGCUUCUUCAGCAGAGAGUUUUGGAUGAGCGAUCUUCGUCCUUGUGUGAUCUCUUGCAUGUCUAUAUGGGCGAAGCUUUGCAGCAAUUCGGCACUUCGGAGCUAGUUCGGAGUUACUGGGAGGAUGAUUUACGCGAUGGGGAGAGCUUGGCGAUUGUAUCCAUGCUUCAUUUAGAAGCUGGCAUUAUGGAAUAUGCAUACGGACGAGUUGACUCUUGCAGGAUGCAUUUUGAGUCAGCUGAGAUGGCAGCUGGGCUUCAGCUUUCAGUAACUGGUGCACUUGGUUUCCGUACUGUACAUCAGGCAGAACCAAAGGCACAGAUGGUACUUGUUACGAACACAAGUUCAUCCAAUGUGGAUAACUGCCCCUUAACAGGUGCUGGUAUCCAAACAUGUGAUUCCAAGAGUGGUGAAGAUAACUGGAAUUUGCAUCAGCGUGAAACCUCUGAUAUACUUAGAAUACCGAAGUUAUUAGAAAAUGAUGACUCUAAAACUAGGUCACAAGGCAUGGAAAAUGGUGCCCAUGUUUCUCCCAGUUUGACAGCAUCACAGCAAGCUGUAAUUCUGGCAUAUUGCCUUUUAAUUGAGAAGAGCUCCCGACAUGAUGAAUUGCAACGAUGGGAUAUGGCACCUUACAUUGAGGCAAUUGAUUCCCAGCAUAUGUUAUACUUCACUAUACGGUGCUUAUGCGAUGUUUUACGUAUCCGAUGGGAGUCAUCUCGGAGCCGAACUAAGGAGCGCGCCUUACUGAUGAUGGAUAAUUUGGUUAAACAUAUUUAUGAAUCUUCUCCAGCAAUAGCAGAAAGAAUUGCUUUCAGUUAUGCUGUUUUUAUGCCUAGUAUUCCUGCAUUAAGAAAGGAAUAUGGGUUACUUUUGGUGCGAUGUGGUUUGAUAGGAGAGGCAGUGAAGGAGUUUGAAGAUUUAGAAUUAUGGGAUAAUCUUAUAUAUUGCUACAGUCUAUUGGAGAAGAAAGCAACUGCUGUUGAACUUAUCAGGAAACGUCUUUCAGAAAGACCAAAUGAUCCCAGGUUAUGGUGCUCCCUGGGUGAUACUACUGCUAAUGAUGCAUGCUAUGAAAAAGCUCUGGAAGUUUCAAACAAUAGGUCUGCUAGAGCAAAGUGUUCUCUGGCUCGCAGUGCAUACAAUAGAGGAGACUAUGAGACGUCUAAAAUUUUGUGGGAGUCUGCAAUGUCAUUGAACUCUUUGUAUCCAGAUGGUUGGUUUGCACUUGGGGCUGCUGCGUUGAAGGCACGUGACAUAGAAAAGGCUCUGGAUGCGUUUACUCGUGCUGUUCAACUUGAUCCUGAAAAUGGGGAAGCUUGGAAUAACAUUGCUUGCUUGCAUAUGAUCAAGAAAAAGAGCAAGGAGUCCUUCAUUGCAUUUAAAGAAGCCUUGAAAUUCAAACGAAACAGCUGGCAACUAUGGGAGAACUACAGCCAUGUUGCUGUUGACAUUGGCAAUAUCAGUCAGGCACUGGAAGGUGUCCAGAUGAUUUUGGACAUAACCAAUAAUAAGAGAGUAGAUAUGGAGUUAUUGGAAAGAAUCACAAGGGAGGUGGAAAAGCGGCUUUCAACAAGUAAUGUGCCAUCUUUGAUAACUGAUAAUGAACCUAAAACAGAUAAAUUCUGCAUUGUUGGUUCUGGAUUAGAAUAUCAAGAGCAAGUAUCUGGAGGAUCUGUUGCAGCAAGAUCGCGUGAAACUGAACAAUUAUUGUUUUUACUUGGAAAAGUUUUACAACAGAUAGUUAAAAAUGGGAGUGGAUGUGGACCUGAUAUCUGGGGCUUAUAUGCCAAAUGGCACAGAAUGAAUGAUGAUCUCAUGAUGUGUUCUGAAGCCCUCUUAAAGCAAGUUAGGUCACUCCAGGGAUCUGAUACAUGGAAGGACCGAGAUCGGUUCAAAAAGUUUGCAAAAGCAACUUUGGAACUUUGCCAGGUGUACGUGGAAAUAUUUUCAUCUACUGGUAGUAUUAAACAAUUGUCUACGGCUGAGAUGCACUUGAAGAAUGUCAUCAGACAGGCUCAGAGCUUCUCCGAUACAGAAGAGUUCAGGGAUCUUCAGGCUUGCUAUGAUGAAGUUAAAGUUAAACUCCAAUCGAACUGAAUGCCUAGCUACAAUCUUGUUGAAGUUAUUAUUCUAUUUAUCUUGCAAGUUCUAACCUAAAGGUUUGAGCUGGUGUCAGUUCAUUGGAACCUGCAAAGGCAUGUAGUUUCCUGAUUUUUAUCAACAGGGAACGUCAAGAGGUUGCUUUCUGAAUGUGGCAAAUAUUGAAUAUAGCUGAUUGCAAUUACAGGACGUGCCUUGUAUCAUAUGUUGAGUGUAUUUCUUAUUAAAUAUUUUCUGAUGAAAGUGCAAAUUUUUGUCUUGA